AUGACUUUAAUGAUUCUAUGUUACUCUGGUCAAAGAUUAAUGGACGAAAGUCAGAGUAUAUUCUAUCGAGCAUAUGCUGCAGAAUGGUACAAGUUUUCGCCUAGACUAAAAUCUUUAUUGAUAAUAACUCUUUACAGAAGUAAUGUACCAUGUGGAUUGAAAGCAGUAUAUCGGAGAGCACAAGUAUUAGCCAUGCUAGCGAAUUUUCUGCGAGAGCACAACGUAAACCGAGUAUUUUUAUCGAUUUCAGGUCUCUGGCUGUUUCAAAGUAAAAAUAUGAAAAAUUCAUUACGGACUAUUUGCUUGCUAAUGGAAAUAAGUUACUUUCCGUUUGAGGUAUUACUGGUGUAUGAUCAUUGGGAUGAUCCACAAAUGAUUGUUGAUGGCUCCUAUCAAUUAAUUUUUACGACUGCUUUUAUCGCAAGGGCAUUGCAUAAUAUUUGGAACCAGAACAAAUUGCAACAAUUGUGUAUAGCCAUUGAUAAAAACUGGGACAUAUUUACAAAUGAUGUGGAAGUUGGAAUCAUGAAAGAUUACGCUAUUCUGUCACGAAGAUUCACAAUAGUUUUCUCGGUGCUAUUAUAUUCAAUAAUGUUAAUAUUUAUAACAAUACCAUUAAUACCAAUAUUAUUAGACACUGUGCUACCUCUUAAUGAAUCACGUCCGCGAAUCUUUGCAAUCGAAAUCGAAUUCAGAGUGAAUAAAGAUGAUUACUUUUUACUACUGUUUUGUUACACUACCAUCGUAAUUACAAUAGGUCUAAACAUUACAAUUGGUGUUGAUACAAUGCACAUCACCUGUACUGCUCAUGCAUGUAGUUUAUUUGCCGCUGUUAGUAAACAAAUUGAAAAUAUAAUUUCCAAAACUAAUAAUAAUAAUAAAGUCAGCAAAUGUGGAUAUCGUGUGGAAUUUAAUCCAUUAAAUGAAGAAAUAAUAUACCGGGAAUAUAUAAUAUGUUUAAAGAAACAUCAGCUUGCUAUUGAAUUUGUUAAUAUAUUGGAAUCAUCAUUUCAAGGACUUUCAUUAUUUUUAUUACUAUUAAUUCUUGGAAAUAUAAGUCUAAUUGGAGUCCGAGUAAGUAAUAUUGAAAUUAUUUCAAUAAAAUUCCGAAGAGAUAUUUUAGAGAAAUUAUAUGCUGCAGAAUGGUACAAAUUUUCGCCUAGAUUAAAAUCUUUACUGUUAAUAACCCUUUAUAGAAGCAAUAUUCCAUGUGGAUUGAAGGCAGGUAAUGUGAUUCCGUUAUCUAUUGCGACUUAUGCUGCGGUAAGUAAAAGUACAAAGACAAGUAGUGCGAAUUGCCAUGUCUUACUUUGCAGCGUUUAG